CGCAGAAAUAUUGUAUAACAUAUUUUGAAAUGCAUUAUCAGUAAUAUGUUUUAUGAUUGUGGCAUUUUAUUUUCAAUACUUGUUCUGAAUAUCAAUGUUGAAAAACAUUUAUAUACCUGGAUCAUGAUGAGUGGUCCGUUUCAAUAUUGCAUGGAACCCCUGAAACGGAAAUGACGUAGUGACCUUCAGCUUGCAAGUCUUCCGACAUUAGGACAUCAUCAGAGGCAAAAGGAAAAGCUUAAAAAUGGCCCCACCAUCCUACAGUGACCUUGGAAAAUCAGCCAAAGAUCUUUCUGACAAAGGUUACAAUUUUGGACUGUACAAACUUGAAUGUAAAACAAAAUCUAGCAGUGGAGUUGAAUUCACAACGAAAGGAAGCUCAAGUCAUGAUUCUGGAAAAGUGUCUGGAAGCUUAGAAACAAAGUACAAGCUUCCUGAACAUGGACUGACAUUUGUAGAGAAGUGGAAUACUGAUAAUGUCCUUGCUACAGAAAUAACUAUUGAGGAUCAGCUUUGCAAGGGACUUAAAUUGGCAUUUGAAUCUUCAUUUGCCCCACAGACCGGUAAGAAGAAUGGACAGAUUAAGACUGCCUACAAGAUGGAUUACUUAAAUGCAAGUUGUGAUGUUGACUUUGACUUUGCGGGUCCAACAGUUCAUGGUGCAGCAGUUGUUGGAUAUAACAAUUUCCUUGCUGGCUACCAAAUGUCCUUUGAUACAUCCAAGUCCAAGCUUUCCAAAAACAACUUUGCAUUUGGUUAUUCCUCUGAUGACAUGACACUCCAUUGUAAUAUAAAUGAUGGUGCCGAAUUUGGAGGCUCUGUAUACAACAAAGUGAAUGAUAAGCUGCAAACUGGAGUAAAUUUGUCCUGGUCUGCUGGAAACAGCUCAACACGGCUUGGUUUGGCAGCAAAAUACACAUUAGACAAGAAUUCUUAUGUUAACUUGAAAGUGAAUAAUGCUUUCCAAAUCGGAAUGGGCUACACCCAGAACAUAAGGGAUGGUGUAAAGUUGAACCUUUCUUCAUUAGUGGAGGGCAAGAACUUCAACCAAGGAGGCCACAAGGUGGGAAUGGGUCUUGAAUUUGAUGUUUAAAUGUUCCAAGUGGUUAGUGAUAUGAAAAAAACACCUUUGGAUGCAAAGCAACUCAUUAAUCAUCAGUGUUUAACCGGGUGAGGAGACACGUGUAUCAGCAAAGCAUUUUACUGGGGAGGACCCUAGACUUCACCUCAUUUGUAGUAUUCCCAGUGUUGACACUGCCGACAGCACAAGCAUGGCAGAGUUUGGUGCAUGCAUAGACUGCAGACAGUUUGGACAUUUGCAUUGUAACCCACUUUGAAUUGAUCGUGGAUUUUAUGAAACUACUAUGACCAAUCAGAUUUUGAUUUACUUAGAUUUUAUUUGUUUGCUAUUUCCAUUAGAUUACUUCUUUUGAAUAGCAAACAAAUUGUUUUCCCACAGUCCACCAACCAAUAUACCUUCAUUCGACAUAACGCAGGUCAGAUGUGUCAGAGAAUUUGUCCCUGAGAGCUUAUCAAAACAUUUCAGUGCUGUUAAAUUGAUGUACAAAUAUGUAUCUUAAUUAAAGAAUAAUGUCAUGUG